GUCAUCCAAAAUAAAUGAGCGAUCACGUGAGGGAGUAGUGAAGGGGCGGGACAUCGUGAAUUAUUAACCAAUCAGAGGGUCUGUUUUGCGGGCGCACACUCGACGAUAAACAGUGGGAGCGGAACCGCGGAGAGGGCAUUCUGAGAGGCUACCACAGCCCUUCUGAGCCAAACUGGAAGGCAACUUGAAGACUGGAAUUACUCAUCAUCCACACUCCAUGAAGACGACUGUUUUAAGUGAAGAUGAGCGGAACCAGCGGUCCUCAUAGCCGCACUGGAGCGCCCUAGCUAACGUGCUAGCUCCAUUAGCCGUUACAUACCCUCGUUGGUUCCACGCAGCUGACCUCCACAGCAGACAUCACAAUAUCAUUUGUUUUUGAAGCUGGUGCUGUUUUAGCACCACUACUCCAAGUCCUUUCCGGCUGUCUCCGUGAUUACCUCACGAAUAUGAUACACAAUGAGCCAAAGAGACACCUUGGUUCAUCUGUUUGCUGGAGGAUGUGGCGGCACGGUUGGAGCCAUACUCACCUGUCCCCUGGAAGUCGUGAAAACUCGUCUUCAAUCGUCUUCCAUAACGCUCUAUGUUUCUGAAGUUCACCUCAGCACCGUCAAUGGGGCCAGUGUGGCCCGAAUGACUCCUCCUGGUCCGCUGCAUUGUCUCAAGUUAAUAUUAGAAAAGGAAGGGCCUCGUUCCCUUUUCAGAGGGUUGGGGCCAAACCUUGUGGGUGUUGCACCUUCUCGAGCCAUUUACUUCGCUGCUUACUCAACUGCCAAAGAGAAGCUUAACGGUGUGUUGGAACCGGACUCCACGCAAGUUCACAUGGUUUCCGCUGGGAUGGCAGGUUUUACAGCCAUCACUGCCACCAAUCCUAUAUGGCUCAUAAAGACCCGCCUGCAGCUGGACGCAAGGAACCGAGGGGAGCGACGGAUGAGUGCGUUUGACUGUGUGAGACGGGUGUACAAGUCAGACGGCCUGCGAGGCUUCUACAGGGGAAUGUCAGCUUCAUACGCCGGCAUCUCAGAGACUGUUAUCCAUUUCGUGAUCUAUGAGAACAUCAAACGGCGCCUUCUGGAAGCCAAAGCGCCGCAGAAUGUGGACGAGGAAGAGGAGGCAUCGAAAGACGCGUCGGACUUCGUGGGGAUGAUGCUCGCUGCUGCAACUUCCAAGACCUGUGCCACAUCCAUCGCUUAUCCUCAUGAAGUGAUUCGUACCAGACUACGGGAGGAAGGCUCCAAGUACCGCUCCUUCUUCCAGACUCUAACCACGGUGGCCAGGGAGGAGGGGUACCGGGCCCUGUACCGUGGCCUCACCACACAUUUAGUACGACAGAUCCCAAACACUGCCAUUAUGAUGUGCACCUAUGAGCUUGUGGUAUACCUUCUGAACGGUUAGAAGCUCCUCCUACCUGCAGACUGUCCAACGUGAAGGGAGACAGUGAUCUCGAGCGCCACCUGGAGGCUCACCUGCUGCUCCGCAAAAUGUCUUUUGGGGGCACUUGUUGAAAAUGAAUCGCACAAGAAGAAUUAAUUCAACUUACUUUUGGGAUCAUUGUUUUCAUAUGGACAUUAUUUUUAUUUUCCACCUUUAUUCGCUUAAUGCUCUGUCUGCUUGUUCUCUGAAACAAGUCUAUACUGCCGCUAACAAAUUCUUAAGUGGAAGCCCAACUGUUGAUGCCUAGAAGAUGAAGUUUAUCUGAUGCAGCAAGGUCGAGAGGGUUUGGCUGAAAUGUGACGCAGAGGAAGUGAAGAGACGUAGUUGUACACUGGUUCUAAUUCAGUAUACUGUUGUAGAAAACAGCUUCUCAAAUGUCACUUAUCAAAUAGAUGUCCCAAAAUGUCCCUUUUUUUUUUUUUUUUUUUUUUUUAACACACCAUUUUUAACUACUGGAAUGUGAAACACUGACCCACUUUUGUAAUUACGUAAAUCUUUUAUUUUAAUGUAACAUGGAGAUAUAUAUAUGAAUAUAUAUAUAUAGAUAUGAACAGUGACAUAAAUACAUACCUUAUGUGAUUUUGUGCCAUUUGUCUUCGCAGUAAAGAUAAAUGAAACAUCCACUUCGUCAUUGCCCGCCAUUUUUGUCUUCAUGCACUUUCUGUCAAAUUCGAAUUUAACCACAGCCAAGACCAGACAAUCCCUUGCUACACAGUGUGAAUGAAGUAUCACAAAAGUUGUUCUUUUCUAAUGCUUAUAUUGCUUUCAGUUGCUUGGGAGGGAAAUGUUUGAAGGGUUUUCACCUUUUUAGAAUACAUUUUCUUUUUUAGGUUUAGAUUUAAGUGUGAGUCUUUUUGGAUGUGUCCUGAUCCAUCGCUUACAUUUGACAGAUGCUAACAUUAAUAUUUGUGAAAAUUUGCACUUAAUUUUUCACAUGGAUCAUGACAUCAAAUGCAAGACUUCUUAUCUCGUAUACGAUGCUAUUGUCUGAAGUCUAUAAUAAUGUAGACAAUAAUCUUGAAAUUACUUACAUGUGAAUGGUGGGUGUAUUAAUUCCCGCAGUUAGCAUCAUGGUACAUUUCAGAUAUCUGAAAAUUCAGUUGAAUCAUAGCAAAUAAUUUAGAGUGUUUGGUACUACACUCUGUUAUUGUUUUACACGCCGUGGUCAUUUUCUGUACAGGCAUGUUCCAGUGAGUGAUGUGAAUGUUUGCCUCCAUGACAAUCACCCUCUCCCGUGUUGUCUUUUAGUGUGUGAGAAAUUGUAUGAAAGAACCUUGAAGGAGCCUCUUCAAACACAGUGUUCUCAACCCUCCUUGUGUUUCUUUUUCAUGUUGGCAUUGAUGAGUCAGCAGGAAGGUCUGGCUCCAUCUGCAUUCUGUCAAACAAAAAAGUCAAUAAAAUGGAAGCGUCAA